UCUCUAAAUCAAGCAAGUUGAUAUUGAUUGACGGAGGGAAUGCUACGUGACUAACAAGAAUAGAGUUAGAUAGAUUCGGACGAAUCGAAGCACCCUGGCCUAGACUUUGGCUUGUCUCGACCAGCUGCCCAACCGUCUCUGGAGUUACAGGCCGCCGCUAACUGGCUGGGCAGAGCAUGAGUUGGUGCAGUCUGAGCGUUUGAAACAUGAAGCCGAACCUUUAUCAGUUGCAACCCAUGACACAGAUACAGAUACUGUUGCCAACUGGUGCCGGGCCCGCGGACUGCACGUAUCCGGUUGCAGUAUCCCUGCAGGAAGGUGCUCCACACUACACCCUACCGGCACCCAACUUCACCGUGGCAGCCGGGACCGACGGGCGUUUGCUGGUUCACCGCAAGUGCUCAUCAGUCCCCGAGGCUCCUCUCCCUUGGUCUACAUACAUCCACAAGAACUCGACCGCACAGAAUCAACACCCAGCCCUGAACCUUAGCUGCACACCAGACGCCCAUCAUGGCAUACGACUGUAACAAGUGCUACCGGUGGUUCAACACGUCUCACGCGCAAUGGCAGCACAAGGCCGACAAGGACCACUUCGACUGGGAGUGCACCGUCUGCACCAUGACAUGGGAGACGGAGUCGCAGCGCAAGCAGCACGAGAUCGAGUACCACCACUACUGCGCCGACUGCGACCGCACCUUCAUGAACUACAACAACAUCCAGCAGCACCUCCGGUCGUCGGCCCACGUCAGCCCCUCCGCCAUCACCUGCCCCUUCUGCAAGAAGGGCUUCACCACCGCCACGGGCCUCGUCCACCACAUCGAGAGCAGCGCCUGCCCCAGCGCCAGGAACCUCGACCGCGACGCCGUCUACCGCGCCGUCCGCCAGAAGGACCCCUCGGGCGUCAUCUCCAAGAAGCUCAUCGGCUGGACCGGCUCCAGCUCCUUCGAGGCCACCACCCGCACCUGGAACCCCUACCUGGACGCCUACGAGUGCUAUCUCUGCAACCGCACCUUCGAGCGGCUGUCCAGCCUGAACCAGCAUCUCCAGUCCCCUGCGCGUGCGUUUUUUUUUUCCGGAUCGUUGCCAGUUUGUUCUUUGUUGUUUGAUGGUGCUGACAUAUUGAUAUUCUGCGCAGACCAGCAGAAGCUGUAUCACUGCCCGAAAUGCCGAAAGGAUUUUGUCUCCCUCGCUGCCAUCAUCAACCACUUUGAGAGUGAGAGCUGUGGCUACACUCGCUUCAGCACCGUGCAGACGGGCAUCCGUGGCCUGACGGAUGGUAGCCGUCUGCUUUCCUUCCGCUGAUUCAAGGUUGGUGUUGGCAGUGCGUUUGAGGACUGACCUUGUGUUGCUGACUUUUUUCCCGUCGUAGUUUGCUGGAAAUACACCCAAACACAGCGGACAGCAAUAUUCAUCUAACAUCCUUGCCACAGCCCUGUAAUGUGGUGCUGGGCUCAUAGAAGAGCAUGGCUGUCAAUCAUUGCCACCGGGUCGGCCUUGGUGUGAUUAUGAAGCUGAUCUCGGGAGACGUGAUGUCUGGCACGGCUAAUCCGACUUGGUGAUAAUGUCGGCAUCUUUAUUUCUGAGGCCUUGUGAACCUGUAUUACCUGUAGUCAAGAUCUCUCUAAGACUGGCGGGCGGAAUCAGGCAAUGGUAGCCUAGAAUGAGUAGCACAUCAACUCGGGCCCCUCCGUAAGGUGAUAUUGAUUCUCGCUGAGCGACCACACUGGACCGCCAUUGAUGACAGCUCACCACCAAGUUCUGCCCCAGCGUGUCAAACAUGUGUGACGAAGAAGCUGUCUCUCAAACCAGGAAAAGCCAGCAAGCAACGAUGGCAGCGCGAAAUAUUGGUUUCAAGCUGAAGGCUACCUUGGGUGUUGCUAGCGGUGACUUCCUGAAGUCCUCUUAUUAGCCUGACCGCCGAUAUGCCACGGUCUUACCUAGGUCCUCCUAAGCAGUGCCUCUGAGUGCUACAAUCACUUUAAAUCCUCGCCGUUAAGAACUUGGCGUCGCUCAGGAUCAAUUUGAUGUCAUCGUAGGGUAGGCCUCAUGUCCCAUUGGUAUUUAGGAGCGGUGGUGUCAGCUAGGGCAUUUCUUGGAGGCGACAAUCAAGGCUUAGCUGCUAGCCGUAUCUUGUAGUCAGGUGGGUUGAAGAUCAACU